CUCUCGCGAGGUGCGCACACGCAACGCUCGCUGUCUAGAUACAAGAAAUAUCAUUUUUAUAAGAAAACCACAAGAAAAGCUCCGCAAACAACAUGUAUCUGGAUACGAAAAACAUGACAACCGGCAACACGGCAGCUUUGACAGCGGCCGCACCAGCGAACUCAAAGGCCACACGGCGCAUGCGCAACGUUUGGCAGCCACUGCGUCGUCUGCUGAAAGUGGGCGGCAAAGGUCGCACCGCCCAGCUGACCUUGGCCCAUCCCAACAACGUGGAUCUCAACAACACACAGCAGCAGUCACUUGAGUUGCCUGUGGAGGAAGAGGCUAAAACUACGCCAGAGGAGACUAUUCACAAGUAUGGACUGGAACUGCGGCAACUGCCGGAGGAGCAGGAGGAGGAGGUGUCCCUCACCCAGCCCCCCAACACGCCCACCCUGAUUAGCAGCGUUUAUGUGGACAAGGUCAGCGCCCAGAGCUGCGGGAACUGCCAGCACGGACGCAACUGUCAGCACAGACACCACAGCAGCAGCAGCAGCAGCAACAUCAACAUCAGCAACAGCAACAUCAACAGCAGCAACAUCAGCACCAGCAGCUCAAAUACGAAUGCAACACAGUUGCCCAGCAAUCUCUGGGAUCUGCAGUUGCCGCUCCAGUACAUCAGCACCGACAAUGGCACCUUCUUUUGGGCCAACACCCAGGAUCGGGUGGACGAUGAUCUCCUGCAUGCCCUGCUCUGCCAGAGCUUCAGUCAGCUUCCCGGAACCCUCUGUUAGUUUUAGUACACCCACAGAAACACCUCAUAACCCCCCAUCACUAAACAGAUCUCAAGCUCACCGGGGGUCACACCCCUAAUUAUUGUAAUUUCAUUUAUUUAUUCCCCUGCGCAAUAUUUACGUUGUUAAUGUGAUACUAAUUUGCAUAUAAAA